AUGGAGUUCGCGGUACCUUCACUUGUGGGCACUUCCGACGGCAGCUCAUGUAACGACUCGACUGGUCUUUCGACACCGGACAGCAGUCCUUUGUUUCGUCCAUCACAUCCCAAGGAGUCGUUCGAGAGUCGUCUCGCUCAUGCUUUUGACGAGCCGAAGCGCGGGAAACUGGGUCCGGGCUUGACUUGCGCCGAGAGUCCCUUUGUGCCCUCCUUUGCCGACCUCUUUGCGCCUGUACCGAGCGAUGUAAGGAAGAUCUGCGUGAUUGGGGCAGGUUAUGUCGGCGGUCCGACUGCGGCAGUCAUUGCGCUGCACAAUCCCAAGGUCGGCGUCGAGGUUCUAGAUCGCGAUCAGCGCCGCAUCGAGCGAUGGAACUCCGCACAUCUCCCCAUCCACGAGCCCGGGUUGGACAAGAUCGUGCGACUGACAAGAGAUGGCGCGAUUGUCAAUGAUUCAGGCAAACGUGCCACCGACUCGAACGAACCUGUGCCAGAGGCCGGCAAUGUCUCUAGACGCGGCCCGAACCUGUUCUUCACGUGCGACACUCAGGUCAGCAUCUCCACUGCAGACAUGAUUUUUCUCGCCGUCAACACCCCGACCAAAACAAGCGGAGUGGGUGCGGGCAGGGCGACCAAUAUGAGGGCGCUGGACGGCGCAGUCCAGGACGUCGCCCUCUACGCGAAACCGGGUACAAUCAUCGUGGAGAAGAGCACUGUGCCUUGUGGCACAGCCCAGCGAAUAAGAAACACGCUCGAUGCUUUACGGCCUGUUGUUCCUUUCGAGGUCCUGUCGAACCCGGAAUUUUUGUCCGAGGGCACGGCAGUCAAGAAUCUUAUGCGACCAGAUCGUGUCAUUAUCGGCUCGUCUGGAUCGCCGGCGGGGAAGCUGGCAGCCGAUGCGCUUGCUAGCCUAUACACGGCAUGGAUUCCCUCAUCUCAAAUCCUCCAGAUCAAUGCCUGGUCUUCCGAGCUGUCUAAACUGGUGGCAAACGCCAUGCUAGCGCAAAGAAUCAGCAGCAUCAAUUCGAUCAGCGCGAUUUGCGAAGCUACUGGUGCAGAUGUGGAAGAAAUCGCCAAGUCAAUUGGGCUGGACACUCGGAUAGGUCCGCAAUUCCUGAAAGCUGGACUGGGAUUUGGUGGUUCCUGCUUCAGAAAAGACAUUGCCAGUCUCACGUACCUCGCCGAGUGUCUAGGCCUGGAAGAAGUGGCUCACUAUUGGAGCCAAGUCAACUCGAUCAACGUCACGCAGCGCAACCGAUUUGCUCGCAAGGUAUUGAGACGCUUCGACGAGAAUUUGAGUGGUAAGAAAGUCACCUUGAUGGGUUUUGCCUUUAAGAAGAACACCAGCGAUGCCCGAGAAUCACCCGCCGUGGACGUCAUCCGAACACUACUCGAGGACCAACCUUCGGAGAUCGCUAUUUUCGAUCCGUACUGCAUCGAGGAGGAAAUGCUCCAGGAGAUUUCUGCUGCAGCCCACGGCACAGGCGACACUUCAACAGUCAAGAUCUACACCGACCCUUAUGAAGCCUGCAUAAACUCGAACGCCAUUCUUGUUAUGACCGAUUGCGACCAGUUUAAGAAUUCUCCCCUGCAAAGGAUCUGCAGCAGGACCACAUCAGUGCCAGACUCGCUGUCGGGUUAUCCCUCUCCCGCACCAAAGCCUCAAGAAGAUGACUACCUUGGGACAAGUUUUGCAAACUACAUGCUCGCUCCUCAACCGGAUUGCGUGGAGAAUUGCCCCGACUGUCGUUCGAAAGCCAGAGGUCCAGUCAUGACUGAGCCAGUCGAGUGGGCACGAAUAGUUUACAGCAUGAACGAACCGAAGUGGAUCUUUGACGGUAGAGGCAUCAUUGACGUCGAGGAGAUGGAGAAGCUUGGAGGUGUUCGCGUGGAUGGCAUCGGCAAGUGGCGUCCUGAGGACGGCCAGAAACGUUGCUGGUAA